UGCCGGGCGGCUCUGCCCCCCCCGCUGCCCCCGCCGCACCGGGCGCGUCCGCGGAGCGCACGGAGGGACCCGCACCGGAUCCCAGAGGCUGAAGUCACCGGUGUGAGCAUCCCCAAGGCCUGCACGCACCGCGGGGGGACCGUCUGCCCCCCGAAGGAUGCACUGGAGCCGGUGAGAGGGAGCCUGGGGGAGCGGAGCCGCCCUGCACAGGGAAUGAGACCCGGCAGCUCCUCACACAGGCCCGGUCCGUCCGUGCUUUCGGCAAUGCUGCCGGGGAAAGCAGAGAAGAGGAUGGUUUCAUCGGUCUUCAUCACCCUGGUGCCACCGCGGAGGGAGGUGACCACCAAGGAGAAAACCCAAAGGGAGCUGCAGCCAGAUGGGGACAAGGUCCCAGGCCCCCAUCACCCCUGGACUCCGCUGCCCCGACCCCCUGCAUUGCCCAAUGGAGAAACCUGCCCAGCAGCCCCUGUGCCUUCAUCCCCGACGGUCCUCGUCCUCUCUGAAGCUCCCCAGCCCUUGUCUGCAGAGACACUGGUUCCAGCACUGCAGCAACUGGACCUUGCAGCACCUGCCACCCUCCAGGCCCCUUCCACCCUCCCUGCCGAAUUGAGGCCACCCAAAUUCUGCCAGGAGCAAGCAGGCAAGCCGCAGUGGCGGGAUGCGAAAGGGUACCCAGACAGAGACACCUCCAGAGGUAAGGUGGGGAUGGAGCUGCACUGUGAGGGCUUGUCCUCAGCUGGGGAAACUGAGGCACACAGCAGCAAACCCCUCUCCCUUCUUCCUGAAGACAUCUGCGCCUUCUGCCACAAGGCACUGGGGCCACGGGAGCCGACAGUGGAGGCGAUGGGGAAGCAGUACCACGCUGAGUGCUUCACCUGCAGGACGUGCCCCCGGCUCCUGGCCGGGCAGCGCUACUACCAAAAGGAUGGGCGCCCCAUGUGCGACGCCUGCUACCAGGCCACACUGGAGAAAUGCGCCAAGUGCCAAGGGCUGAUCACGGAGAGCAUCGUCCGUGCCCUGGGCAAAGGCUUCCAUCCUGACUGCUUCUCCUGUGCUGCCUGUGGCCGGGCCAUCGGUGCUGAGAGCUUCGCUGUGGACGAGCAGGAUGAGGUGUACUGCGUGGCUGACUUCUACAGGAAGUACGCUGCGGUCUGCAGCGCUUGUGAGCGCCCCAUCAUCCCCCAUGAGGACAAGGACACCUACAAGAUUGAGUGCCUGGGACGCAGCUUCCACGAGAGCUGCUACUGCUGUGAGAGCUGCAGGACACCCCUGUCACCAGAGCUGACGGAGGACGGGUGCUACCCCCUGGACAACCACCUCCUCUGCAAGUCCUGCCACAUCCGCUGGCGAACCGAGUCAUCCUGCUAAAACCCCGUGGUUCAACCUCCAUCUUCCAGCACCAAAUGGGGUGCAUCCACUAGGAUCCAGUCCCGGGUGUCCACUGCACCCCCAAAUAGCUGCAGGACUGGGGUUUUCAUCACCAAAAUGCACCCAGGACCCCAAUUCACUGGGCUGGCUCAAGGAAAUGCAGAUGGAGCAUCUCUGUGCUCAUUAUGGACAUAAAAAGCCCUGGCAAAGCCUCAGGGAUUGAGGAGCUGAGGGUUUAUUCACUCAUUUCUGUUUUAAAACUCCUUUUUCGAGGCCAGUUUGGUUUCUUGGGUGUUUUUUCUUCUUUCUUCUUGAGCCUCCUUGGGGUUUCAGUGAAACAUUUCUCUCUGCGGUGACGCAGAGCGGGCACUGAUUUAGUUACUUGCAGUUAAAUAAAACCCCGAGUUUAAA